AUCAAACAGUCGCAUUUAUAUCAUUUUCGUAUAUAUCUUACAUAGACUUCACACAACUGAAAUUUUAGUAACAGCAAAUCAUCUCUGCAUAACGAACAAAGUUGUCUAAUUCCACCUUCAAUUUGAUAUAGAAAUGAGCGUUAACAUGACUCAAAACAACGACGAGGUCUUAGAUUAUGAAAUAAUGCUUUUAUUUUCGCUGGCUUUUAGGUUAGUUUAAGAAAUAAACAUUUCGAAUUUAGUUUAGCUUGGUGUGGAUUCUGUAAGCGCCAUGUUUCCCGUUACGUUACUCAAAGCUGGUCAACUUGAUAUGAAAACUCUAUCAAUGCUAUUUUACAGUUCCACGAGACCUAUGGCAGCAAGCGAUGAUGAUAAUCGGUGGAUGACAGCGGGAAUAUUCGGAUAAAGAUUUAGAGAUUCCACGUGGUAUCAUUUCAAACACUGUGAAACAACGUUGCUGCAACCUAGAGUGUCUUAAGAAAAUGGACCCGAUAGAUGCUCAUAGCCAGGAAGAACUUUAUACAGCACAAUGCCAAAGAUCAGAAAGAAGUCUUGUUAAAUUUUCUCUGGGAACAUUGCCCUGUGAAUGCAAGGUGAAAGUGAACUUUCUUAUGGUGGGCCACACACACGAAGCGGUGGACCAGUUAUUUAACAAGUUCUCUGAAGCGCUUAGAAAACAGAACACUCUCACGUUAUCUCAGCUAGAGUCAACUCUGGAAAAAUGUUAUACGCCAGCCCCCAAAGUCCACGAGAUCAGCAAGAUGUACGACAUCCGGAAAUGGGUGAAGACAUUUUGCGAAGAGCUCCAUGGCCUUACCACACCGCAUGUUUUUAAGAUAGAAAUGGCACCAUCUGGUAAGGUUGUCCUUAGAUACAAGCACUUGUCAUCGGACAAGACAGAGAAGUGCAAACCAGAGGACGAAAAUCCAGAAAACUGGAUCACCUUGAUUAAGGAAACAGUAGAAGUGCCACUAGACAUAGUAAGCCCAGACCAGGAGAAGAUGGUGUUCGAGAGGGUGCAGGGUGACCUCAAGAAGUUCUACAGUGGGUCCCGCCUCUUUGGAGAAGAAGAGAAAAAAGAGUGUGAAGAGUUGAUGUCCAGUGAGCACAACUUCGUCUCCCCGAAAGUGCGCAGCGAAGAGUUCGACGACUUAAAGGCGCUGGUCACCAAAAAACAAGAGCAGACCAAGGAGCAAUUGCCCUGCACCCGUGAAAUAGCAGAUGUGAGACCUGCAGCUGUCCCGGAUGAAGUAGAGCUUGAAAUCCAGAAGCAAUUUGACAGUAUCAGACCGGUUUAUAGUGGACCCUACAGGCCGCCUACGACAGUUCUCCAAGUAAUGGGCUACGAGCAGUUGAAAGAGGGGGAUCUUGUAGCGGUGAAUGUUGCCAAUUAUGAUAAGAUCCCGUGCAUUAGCAAGGUCGUCGAGCUGAGGGACCAAGAGUUCGUCAUAGAGUGGUGGAAAGGGACGUGGCUCAAGUCAUGGGAGGUUUGGCCGGGAUGCGAGCAGGAUGUGUUACCCUUUAGGAGCAUUCUCCUCUAUGCUUUCGAGCUAGAUGACAGGGGGAGGUUGUCGAAAGACACACGAAAGAACUUAAAAAAUGCUUAUAGAGUUUUAAAUGGAACUUAUAGAAAUAUUGACAAGUCACCAUAUUUUAUUGCUAUUUCCUGCGUACUUUUUAAUUGAAAGUAUUGAACUCACAAUUUAUUGCCAGAAACUGUCGAGGCUGUACACGGAAAUUUCCUGGGCACUUUUAAAGGGCCAGUAAUGAACUCACAAUUUAUUACCAGAAACUGCCGAGCCAGUACGCGGGAAAUUCCUGCGUACUUUUGAAGGGCCAGUAUUGAGCUCACAAUUUAUUACCAGAAACUGCCGAGCCAGUACGCGGGAAAUUCCUGCGUACUUUUUAGGGGCCAGUAUUGCCAAUAUCGAAGUCAUAAUUUAUUGCCAAAAACUGUCGAACAAGUACACGGGAAUUUCCUGCGUACUUUUUAG